AUGGCAACAGAGGCUGCCGUUGAUAAAGCUGCCGAUGCCACUGCCUCUCAGUCCCAGCCUGCGCCCGACGCUCAUAAUGUCGACCCCGUCCGCUCGAAUUUGAAUGGCAGUGCCGGCAACGAUGAUAUUGAGAACAAGCACAUUACGAGUGUCGAAGAUCAACUCACUUCCGCCGAUGCUAGUGCCAGCGGAGGGUCAGAUACGGAGGCAUCGCGUGCCGAUGGUUCAAAGAGCAAGGAUGAAGACAAAGGGCAUGGUCGCGCAGGCUCAACGGUUAAGAAACCCGCCACAUUUAAAUCUGUCUCUGUCAACAAGACCUUCCUCGCGACGAAAGCGGCUGCCAACAGCGCUUCAGCCAAGGUCGCCGAGAAGCAGCCUGCCGGCUCUAGUACCCCCCCAACAAGCUCGGCCACCCUGUCUUCCUCGCGACCUCGACUUAUAGCCAAGACGGGUAGCAGCACGCGAGACUCAUCACCUCGGCUUUCCGGUGGUGUUAAUGGCGGGAAGCCUGGUAGUGUGCCAGAUGCAAGUGCAGUGUGGAACAAAAAUCGACCUGUACCUCCCCCUGAACCCAAAAAGUUUACUGAUGAGGAGCUAAAGAAAUAUGGCAUUCAUAUGGCCAGUCGCCUGAAUGAAGAUGAUGCGCAAGGACAAAACAAGUGGGCGGACAUUGACGAUGAUGAUGAUGAUUGGGCCCCUGAAGCUAUCACCUGGGGUGAUGGCACGAAGACAACCCUUCCUCACCCAGAUGAACAUCCCCCACCACCAUCCGACAGUGGAUCUGUUGCCUCGAAAGGCAAGACCUUCGAGAAACCACGAUCUCCAGCUCCUCCGAUAUCUGUCAGCUCCCCAUUAACGAAAUCGAGUAAUCUUGCCCAAGGUAAGGGACUUGUGCUGAAGAGCGGCUCUCAGGAUAAGCCAACUCUUGUUGCCAAACCCCCAGCACCUCCGGCACCGGUCAAAUCCCCGUGGGCGACAUUGCCUCCUGUUGAAAAAGCGUCACCGAUUACGGAGAACGCCAGCCUUGCUAGACCACCUUUCAACAAAGGCAUGACGCCUCCUCCACCCAAGGAGAUCGCAGCCGAUGACUUUAACCGACAUGCAUGGAGAGAUAGCGCACCCCACGGAAACCGAGAGUUGUAUAACUCCCACUCUGGACGCUAUGAGCCUGUGCAAGACAAUCGACGUGGUUCGAUGAGAAUGGAGCAGCAUCCCAGGCACCAUCCAUCUUUGUUACAACGACCACCUCAACCGGAUUACCCAGCUGAGCCCUCUGGCGCGUUCCAAACGAACAGAAACACCCAGGAACCUCCUUUUGGUAGACGACGAGGAUCUUCUAAUGUCAGCGGUGGAAGUGGCUCGUUCGCGCGCAUGAACAAAGGAGGCGACGGGUCGCUUCCUCCUCCAGAACUACAUGAUGCUCGCAGACCGUCUUUUGUUGGCUCUGUUGACAGUCCUUUAUCGCCAAACCUCUCAAACUCAGCACAUGGACCGACAAGGGGACAGCAUCAACCUAAUUGGAUGCCUCCCCGCGCUUCCCCCAAUCCCGCUUUUGCGCAACCACACAACAACGGGCCUCUCCCAGAGCAGGUUGCUGGACCGCCCCCUCCAGUUCACCCUGCCGGCGACGAGGUCGAAUAUCAGAAGAAGCUCAUGCGAGAACGCGUUGAGUUGGCUAGAAAGCGACGACAGGAGGAAGAAGCUCGUGAAGAAGCUGAGCGUAGAGAGCGCAUUCAAAAGAAGCUGGAUGCCAUGGGACCUGCACCUGAGAAGAAGACUGAGAAGAAGGAGUCUGUAGAUAAGUCCGAGGAGGUUGUGCAUCCUACACAUAUUCAACAGCGAGAGAGUCCCGGAGUGCCGACACAAACCUCGGCCCAGGCCCAAACGGAUGGCGAUCACUCAGCUACUAUACAGCAACCACAGGACCCCGAUGGUAAGAUAGGACACUCUCCCCAAGGCCCCGGAGCCGCUGCCAGGCGCGUAUCACAUAGCCAGGAAGCUAAGCCUACUGAGCUUUGGGGAGCAGCUGCAGCUUCAAGACAGGACCGAGCCGUUUCGACCUGGGGUACAGGUUCGCAGCCAGUGGCUCGUAAUGUCUGGGGCUCCCCUAACAACGACCGAGGCCUUGGCAACGGUACAUUUAACACGGAUAUUGGCCGCUUGCCUUUGGAUGAUCGCCCAGGCUCCCAAGGAAGCAAGGGACCGUCACCUAUUGCUCCUCCUCAUGCUUCACAACAGCCCCCACAAGGUCGACAACAGCCUCCGGCACCUAUUGGCUCCGGACCUUCCCGGUACGGUGCCUCCGGCCCUCGCCCCCCACAAGGCUCUGACGUGGCGAGCAAAUGGGGGAUCAACGCUGUUAGUGAGAAUGAUAGAAAGAUGAGCGCUGAGCGAUUAGCUGAGAAGGUUGAGCGUGAUCGGCAACUCGCUGAGCGCGGUCUAACCCUCGAAGAUGCUCAACCGGUUAUCAAGAAUACCUGGCGCCAGGUUCAUGCUCCUGGAGAUGGUACUCGUCAAUCUGUUGGUCCUCAAGAUUCACAGUCUGCUGGUCCCUGGAGGACUGCUGGCGAUGAAAUACACGAGGACCCUGCUAGUAUUGGUGCGGUUGGUGGAAUGCCUGGAGCAGCGGCCUCGCAAGGUCGCACUUCACGAUUCUUCCCUACAAGGGACUCUUAUGACAGGAUCAAUGAGAACGAGCCAUCACGAUCGAAAUCACCAACCCCUCCGCCACCCACCAUGGAGGGCCACCCGGCCUACGAGGGUAAUGCAGAUCGACCUCAUGUAUCACUUCCCCGACCACAGCCAGUAGUAAGACUGCCACCAUCUCUGGCAGCCUCGCAAACUCCUGCAAGUCGCGUGCAAUUCGGCUGGGCUCAACCUCCUAGCUUUAAAGAUGUUGCACGCGGCCCUGUCAGCCCUAACCGUCUCCCCUUGGCAGCCGGCGAGACAUCGCAAGAGAAAUGGCAGAAUCGAAUCAACAGCUUGCUUGGAAGUUCGAGAUCACCACCUCAAAGGUCAAUUGGCGUCGACCCUGCUAGCAAGAGCGCUUUAGAUCAGGUUGCCCACCACGACUCUGCCACAGUGUCUUUGCCUGGCAACAAUGCCCCAGCUCACUUUGCUAAGGGUAAAUCGUCACCAGUCAGCAAGCCUAUGGCUGAGGAGUGUUUCGAAGAACAGGAAAUGGGAUCCCUCCCCCAAAUCCGACUACCUCACAAAGCUCCUGAAGCCGCUUGGCAGCCAGCGCCGGCACAGAACAAGCCGUUGCCGAAGAAGUUUACGGUUCAACCAACUGUUAUGGAACCAUACUACUUCGCUGCUGAAGUAGUAGGUGGAGGUAAUGCCAUGAGAAUUCGUUUACCUGAAAUGAAGGAGACCAAGAUUGUCACCGUACCCUUUUCCGCAACUAGAGGCGGCCGAGGCUCGUCCAAUCGAGGUGGCCCUAGGAGUCGAGGCCCCGGUUAUGAACGUCGAGGUGGAAAACGAGAUGUGUCAAGCUCGCGAGGCGAGCAUCCCGCACCAACCUCAAGCCGAGGAGGUCGUGGCAGUUACCGUGGUCGAGGCUCUGAUUGGGGCCGUAGCAACUCGGCCUCGUUGACUGCUUAG